AUGCCCAAAACUAUCGCAGUCCUCAACGCGACAGGCAACCAAGGAAGCGGCCUCAUCCGCGCCCUCAUCGCCCCCAAUUCCCCUCAUAGAAACGACUACAAAGUCCGCGCCCUCACCCGCAACACUACCUCCCCCGCCGCCCAAGAACUACAGUCGACCUACGGCCCUUCGCAAUUGGAAUUGGUACAAGCAGACGUCUACGACGUGGAGUCACUGCGAAAGGCAUUCGAAGAUGCAGACGGCGUCUUCGCAGCAACGAACAACCGCAUCCCAGGCAAGAAGAUCGAAACGGAAGACGAGAUGAGGCAUGAGUUGGUUGCUGGGUGGAAUAUUGUUGAUGCUGCUCGCGACUGCGACGUAUCCCACACGGUCCUAAGCAGCCUCCCCAACAUCAACAAAGCAAGCAACGGCCGAUUCAGCAAGGUAUUCCAUUUCGAUCACAAAUAUAUGAUUGAGGAUUAUGCGAAGAAGCAAUUGAAAGCCAUUACGGCGCUGUGGCCGGCGCUGUAUUAUUCAAAUGUGGCGUGGCCGCAAUAUUGUCGGACGUUGGAAGAUGGAACAGUUCGUUUCUGCGCACCUACCUCUGGUGAUGUACAAGCUGAUUGGGUCGACGCGGCGUAUGAUAUUGGGGUGUAUGCUGCUGCGAUAUUCAACAAAGGCCCCACGACCACGGCCAACAAAACAUACCCCGUGGUCUCCCCCAAAAUCCAUUUCUCCGACCUUGCGCGCAUCUUCGAGUCCAAAACCGGCAAAAAAGCAAUUUUCGAUCCCAUUUCGUUGGAUGAGUGGGGAAGUACCGUCGCUGCAGCCUCGGGGAAGGGGUAUGAGGAGGAUAUCAGGCAGAUGAUGGAGUGGGUUAGAGUUGCGCCGGAGGAGAAGGUGUGUUAUGGGACGAUGGAGAGUGGGGAGGAUAGGUCGUGGAAGGAGUUGGGGGUUAGAGCGAGUACCUUUGAGGAGUGGCUGGAUAGGAGUGGGUGGAGGGGGCCUGAAUAG